AUGGAAACUGACAUAAACAUUCCAAAAACAAAAGCAGUUAAUGUUUUCUUUUAGUUUGCUAGAAUGCAAUUCUAUUUAACUGUUUUUUCUAAUUUGUUACCUAUUAUAAUAAGUUAGACAAAUUAAGUUUGUUCAAGUAAGUCAAAUAUUGUUUAUAAGAUGAGGGAAUUAAAUUAAUAUCUUUAAGUUACAAAGGUGAUAUAGUAUUAUUAAUUUUAAAUUUAAUAUCACUCUUAUUCAUAUGGUUAAAAGAACCUUUUGCAAGGUAAAAUAUAUAUUUAAUGCACUAGACUUGAGUUUUUUGUGAUGUAUGCAAUUAACAUCUGUUGGAGUGGAAUAAUGAGUGGUUAGACUUAUUUAGAUGUAACAACAUAACCAAAUGAAUGUGAAGGUGUUAUAUUAUCAUAGAAAUUGAUACUCUUUUUUCAUUUGAAAACCCAUCUAGAGGUAUAACUAUAAAAUGAUGAAUAGGUGUUAUUUACAUUAUUUUCUCCAAUUUUAUUUGCGUUUAGAAUAACUAAUUUGCCAAAUUCAUUUUAUGCAAUAUAUUUAAUAUUGACAUCAAAUACUACAUAACAAUUAUGUUCUAGAGAUAUAUCUAAUAUUGAAUUUGGCUUACUAUUUAUAGCAUUAAUAAGUUGUUUAAUAGGUUUACCUUUAAAUAUUGGAUUGUUUUGUACAAAGAAGGUAACAAUUCCAAAUUUGUUUCGAUUUUUAUUAAUGUUAACAAUAAUAGGUUAGAGUGGUUUAAUAGGUUAAUUAUGUAGAAUAUGAUUUAUAGCUCUAAUAUAUUAGGCUGAUGUAGAUCUUAGAUCAGAAUGUAGUCCAACACAUCUAUUGUUCAGGUCUUAUUUAUAUGUUAUACCAAUAACAAUUUUAAGUGCCUUAAGUUUGUUGUUUUCUAUGCCAAUUUAGGAUCAUGAUGAAAUUAGAUAACUUUUGAUUCAAGCUAGAAUGAAACCANCAAUUUUACUAUCUUUGAAUAUUAGAUAGAAAUAAAUAAAGAGAUAUUUGAAAGUAUUAAAAAAGUAUCACUACAAUCAUAAUGAUAAAUUUUAGUUGUUAUUUAUUUAAUAAAUAAAUUAUAAAUAUUUUGAAUAUUAACAAUGGAAACUGACAUAAACAUUCCAAAAACAAAAGCAGUUAAUGUUUUCUUUUAGUUUGCUAGAAUGCAAUUCUAUUUAACUGUUUUUUCUAAUUUGUUACCUAUUAUAAUAAGUUAGACAAAUUAAGUUUGUUCAAGUAAGUCAAAUAUUGUUUAUAAGAUGAGGGAAUUAAAUUAAUAUCUUUAAGUUACAAAGGUGAUAUAGUAUUAUUAAUUUUAAAUUUAAUAUCACUCUUAUUCAUAUGGUUAAAAGAACCUUUUGCAAGGUAAAAUAUAUAUUUAAUGCACUAGACUUGAGUUUUUUGUGAUGUAUGCAAUUAACAUCUGUUGGAGUGGAAUAAUGAGUGGUUAGACUUAUUUAGAUGUAACAACAUAACCAAAUGAAUGUGAAGGUGUUAUAUUAUCAUAGAAAUUGAUACUCUUUUUUCAUUUGAAAACCCAUCUAGAGGUAUAACUAUAAAAUGAUGAAUAGGUGUUAUUUACAUUAUUUUCUCCAAUUUUAUUUGCGUUUAGAAUAACUAAUUUGCCAAAUUCAUUUUAUGCAAUAUAUUUAAUAUUGACAUCAAAUACUACAUAACAAUUAUGUUCUAGAGAUAUAUCUAAUAUUGAAUUUGGCUUACUAUUUAUAGCAUUAAUAAGUUGUUUAAUAGGUUUACCUUUAAAUAUUGGAUUGUUUUGUACAAAGAAGGUAACAAUUCCAAAUUUGUUUCGAUUUUUAUUAAUGUUAACAAUAAUAGGUUAGAGUGGUUUAAUAGGUUAAUUAUGUAGAAUAUGAUUUAUAGCUCUAAUAUAUUAGGCUGAUGUAGAUCUUAGAUCAGAAUGUAGUCCAACACAUCUAUUGUUCAGGUCUUAUUUAUAUGUUAUACCAAUAACAAUUUUAAGUGCCUUAAGUUUGUUGUUUUCUAUGCCAAUUUAGGAUCAUGAUGAAAUUAGAUAACUUUUGAUUCAAGCUAGAAUGAAACCAUUAAAACCAUCACUACCAAUUUAAUAAGAUAUGACUAAACCUUAAGUAUAAUAAUAAUAAGAAGAAAUAUUAAAUAAAUCUGUUAUAGAUGCAGGUAAAUCAUAAAUUGGAGCUAAAUCAUAAGUUGGAGCUAAAUCAUAAUAUGGAACUAUAAGUAGAAGAGGAUGA